AUGGUAGUUAAAGUUGCUAUCAACGGUUUCGGCAGAAUUGGCCGUCUUGUUUUCCGUGCUUGCCGCAAGCUCUAUCCAAAGGAUGUCCAAGUUGUCGCUAUCCACGAUCUUGGUGACAUCAAGACAAACGUUUACCUCCUUAAGUACGAUACAGCUCACCGUGCAUUCCCAGAGCCAGUCACAGUCGAUGAGGCUAAGCAGGAAUUCACAGUCGGUGAAGGCGCUGACAAGUGGGUUGUUAAGUCAAUCGGUGGCCGCCUUGGCCCAUCCCAGCUCCCAUGGAAGGAGUUCGGCAUCGAUGUUGUCCUCGAGUCAACAGGUAUCUUCCGUACAAAGGCCGAGAAGGAUGCUGAAGGCAAGAUCACAAAGGAUGGUUAUGAUGGCCACCUUGUUUCUGGUGCUAAGAAGGUUGUCCUUUCCGUCCCAUCUGCUGAUGAGAUUGAAUGCACACUCGUUCUUGGUGUCAACGAUGAAGAUCUCAAGCCAGAGACACGCUGCAUCUCCAACGCUUCCUGCACAACAAACUGCCUUGGCCCAGUCGCUAAGACACUCAACAACGCCUUCGGAAUCCGCAACGGCUUCAUGACAACAGUCCACUCCUACACAAACGAUCAGGUUGUCGCUGAUACAAUGCACAAGGAUCUCCGCCGUGCUCGUGCUGCUGGCAUGAACAUCAUCCCAACAUCCACAGGUGCUGCUAUCGCUCUUCCAAAGGUUUGCCACGGUCUCCCACCAAAGUCCCUCGAUGGCUUCGCUCUCCGUGUCCCAACAAUCACAGGCUCCCUCGUCGACCUCACAGUCAACGUUAACGCCAAGGUCACAAAGGAGGAAGUCAACGCUGCCCUCAAGAAGGCUACAGAGGAAGGCUCCCUCAAGGGCAUCAUGACAUACGUCACAGACCCAAUCGUUUCAUCCGAUAUCAUCGGCUGCCAGUACUCAUCCAUCGUUGAUGCUCUCUCCACAAAGGUUCUUCCAAACCCAGAAGGCCAGGGCACACUUGUCAAGGUUCUCUCCUGGUACGAUAACGAGUGGAUGUACUCAUGCCGCUGCGCUGAUAUCUUCCACCGCCUUGAGAAGUAUCUUUAA